ACUUGCCCCUAGUAGAACUGUAGACUCAAGCCUGGACGGUGAAGGACACUGCUACUUUCAUUCUAUAGCCACGCGUCCUUUUUGCUAUCCCUGUUCUCUCCUCCGCCUCCUCAUUUAUAUAUAUAAGCAAAACCAUGCAAUUCCUUUCUCUCUCAGGUCUCACCUCCAUUCCUCCAACAGCUUCUCAUCAAAUCCGCAAAGCCAUUCCCCACAUAUGACCAAGGGCUCUGUUAAUUCACACAAAAGAAAGUCUUCUUUGGAUAAUCUUGUAAACCCUCCUGCAUCCAAGAUUACAAGAUGCAGUCCGGAAGAAGCUUUGUUUGAUAAGAUGAAGAAGCCAGAGGAAUACUUGAUUAGAGCCGAAAAAGAUGAUGAGAAUGAGGACAAAAUUGAAAAUGAGCAUGGUGGUGAUGAUGGAGAAGGUGAAGAUGCUGAGAUUGGCAAUGAUCUUCAAGAUGAGGCGGCGUACUUGUCACGAGACGAAGGCCCAACUUCUACAGAGAGGGAACUUGAAAAGGGUUUUCCAGCAGAAGAUGCAGAUGAGGAGAAUAAGUCUGCUAGACAUUUCAGCCAUGGAUCUUACCUGGUUCAAGGAAAGCUAGACCAUGGAAUGGAAGAUUAUAUUUUCGCUGAACAUAGGAACAUCAAUGGCUACGACUUAGGGCUAUAUGCAAUUUUUGACGGCCAUGCUGGUCGAGUGGUCGCAAAAUACUUGCAACGCCAUCUAUUUGAGAGAAUAUUGAAUGAGCCUGAUUUCUGGAAAAAUCCAGUACGUGCUCUUAAGAGAACAUGUAAGGCUGUAGAUGAGGAGAUCUUAGAAAAGAUAGCAGAUUCACGAGGGGGAUCAACAGCUGUUGUAGCAAUAUUAAUUAAUGGAGUGAGGUUACUAGUAGCUAAUGUUGGCGAUUCUCGAGCAAUAUUAUGCAGAAAUGGUUCAGCAAAACAAAUUACAGUAGAUCAUGAACCACAGAGAGAGAAGGACCUUGUUGAGAGCAGAGGAGGUUUUGUGACCAAGGCACCUGGGUGUGUUCCAAGAGUGGAUGGCGUAUUAGCAAUGAGUAGGGCAUUUGGGGAUGGAAGAUUGAAGGAACAUAUUACUGCAGAACCAGAUGUGAUGGUCCAAAACAUCACCGAGGACACUGAGUUCAUCAUUUUGGCUAGUGAUGGCCUCUGGAAGGUGAUGACGAAUGAAGAGGCUUGUGAGUGCAUCAAGGAUAUGGAUGGUGCUAAAAAAGCUGCAAAGAAGCUGGUUAAAGAAGCAUUAGUUCAAGGAAGCUAUGAUGACAUUUCAUGCAUUGUUGUCAUGUUCUCCACUAGUUAAUAUGUUCCCACCAAUGAUUUAUUUCUUUUUUUGAUCUUUUACUCUUUACUUUUUUCUGAGAAUGAACUCUCAACCAUGUAGCAAAGACAUGUGAGGAAGACUCCUGCAUAGAUGUUGGAUCCAAUUGAUUUCGCAAGAGCUAUGUAUAAUACUUCCAGCCAGAUGAGCCCAUGCAUUCUCAUGUUGGUUUUC